UGUUUCUAUGGACAACAACAAUCAUGGCGUCCGGCGAAGCAAUGAAGAUCGAAGUUUUUGGACUCUUGAAUGAUGUCAAUUUUGUCAGAGCAAAAUGUUGUGCAGAGGAUUUGCACGCAAAAGACUCACAGGUUGAGGCUCCAGUUAUUUAUGGCAUGGUGGAAUUCGACUGGGACAUUUUCAUUACUGAAAAGAAAAAGGAACUGAGAGGUGAAGCGUGGGUAUUUGAAGACAAGGCAAUAGCUUUUGUGAAUGGGCAGCUGAUAGGUGGACCGGAGGACUUCCUCCUCUGGGCGGAGGAAAACUACAGCUUUGAGGAGUUCCGACCAGAAGCUCUGUAUGAGACUCUCACAGAGGAGGGGUACAAAAAGCACCUCAAUUCAACUGAUCAUGACUUUGUGUACAUGGAUGUGAAGAUUGGCAACGAGCCAGCUGGGAGAUUAGUCAUAGAGCUGUUCAGCAAGGACGUUCCGAGAACAUGUGCCAACUUCAAGGCUUUGUGCACGGGGGAGAAGGGAGAGUCACCUGAAACACGCUACAACCUCACCUACAAGAAUUCCUUGUUUCACAGAAUCGUCCCCAAUGGUUGGAUUCAAGGGGGAGAUAUUUACCAUGGUCGAGGAAAUGGAGGCGAGUCUAUCUACGGGCCAGCCUUUGAAGAUGAGAACUUCUCAGUACUCCACAACAAGCGAGGGAUAGUCAGCAUGGCCAACAAAGAUCGACACACGAACGGCUCCCAGUUCUUCAUCACGCUCCAGCCAGCAAAAUGGAUGGAUACAAAAUAUGUUGCAUUUGGCCAGGUGAUCGAGGGCACGGAGACGUUAAGGAAGAUGGAGCAGCAGGAAACAAUGAACGAGCGACCCAACCAGGAGGUCAAGGUCACUCAUUGUGGGGUCUGCACAUAUGAGUUUUGAGAUCAUUUGAAAUAUGUUCUUGAGAUAUGUUACAUGUGAUAAGGCCAAAUUGAGAUCAUGUUUUACGUUUUUAUUCGAAAAUAGAUGUAAAUAAAUGUCCUUACCAGCAACCAUAUGCAAAAAUAGAAGAAACACGAUAAAAGAGCUAUCCCAACAUGGCUGUCUGAUAAAAAUAGAUUCAGACAAAAAUAUAUCUAUACAUAUCACAAAAGUGAUGCAAUGCAUAUACAACCAGGAACCAGUCCAUGAGAAGGGUUUAAUUGGAGUAUUUGACACAUGAAAUUAUGUCUUCAUGGAGAACAUGACAGAGUAGGGGUCAGUGAGCAAGGACAGGUCAUUUUGAAUGAAACAGAACUUGUAAAAAACAUCUGUAAACAUUUGAGUUUAGAGUGCAUCAGUAGAUUCCAGAAACACAUAGGUCAUCAACGAAACUUGUAAAUCUGAUCUUGGUACUGGAAUAAUGCAUACAGAAGGGAGAGGUCAGAUCAGAUUGGUUAACAUGGUGUUACUGUGCAUUGCUAUCUACUCUUGAUGUAUUUUUAAGGCUUGACAUUUCCAUUUUUUGAUUUACAUAUUUGGAAAGAUAUUGGGAAAGAUUUUGUUAGUAGGUCAACCAAACAGAUUAAAUAAAAGGCAUUGUACUGGAUGUUUCAUGUUAAAGUUUGAUUUGGAUCGGUAGGGAUAAAAAAAAUCACCUACCGAUCUAAAAUCUGACUAAAAUAAUGACUAUUUUUUUAAAAGAAUUUUGUUUUCAUCAAAUAAAGUCCCUUGGCUUGUUUUAUUGUCAAAAUGAUCUUUACCAUCCACAGUUAAUGAAAAAUUGUCAUUCUGAUGUUUUUCCUCUGAAUUGUAUAUUUUUAAAACUGGCCUAAUUGAGAACAGGAAAAGUUAGUUUCUAUUUCAGUACCACAUUCCUGUACCUUUGGGGGGAAGUCAGAUUGGACUAUCUAUUUACUAUUUUAUUUCUUGACAUCAGUCAAAAAUAUUGUGAAUACAGUUUCAUUUCCUUAACUGCCCAGUCAUGCUAGGACAGAAAGUCAUGUGACUAUGUCUCGUAGUGAUAUGUGUGUUAGCAGCAGUGGUCAUCAGCUGAUCAGUACAUGUGGGUUGUUUAUUUCGACAUGUUUUUAUUGCCUUCUUGCAUUGUCAUAUAGUUUUUAAUAUUGUAUAUAUUUCAUAUUGGAUUAAAAAUCAACUUGCA